AUGGGUUCUGAAGGUUACAAUGUGGUUGAAAUGUGGGGAUGUCAGCUUAAACGCAUGAUUGAAUAUGACCCGGAAAUGAAAGCGUUCUUUGAUAAUUUUGAAAUAUCCGAACCUCUUGAGCCCCGGAAUGCGCUGUAUGGUGGUAGAACAAAUGCUUCGAAACUGUUUUAUCAAUGUCAAGAGGAUGAAAAAGUAUUUUAUAUGGACUACACAAUCCUUUACCCAUAGUCCAAUAAGUAUUGCCCAUAUAUCCUCAAAAAUCCUGAGAUUAUUACAGAAAACUUUUCUGAAGAUGUAUCAGAAUACUUUGGCUUAGUCAAAUGCGUCGUUGUACCUCCGCGGGGCCUUUUUCAUCCUGUUUUACCGUACAGAGCUCACGGUAAACUUAUGUUUCCGCUUUGUAAAACUUGUACUGAUAAUUUGCAGCAAGAACGCUGCCAUCACACCGAUCAAGAGCGAGCUCUGCAGGAAGGGACGUGGGUUACGCUGGAAUUGAAGCUUUGGAAAUGGGUUAUCGUUUAGUAAAAAAUUCACGAAGUUUGGCAUUUUCCAGAAAGGAGUGAUAAUUUAUUUACUGACUACAUUGACACUUUCUUGAAGAUCAAGCAACAAGCGAGUGGAUUUCCAAAAGAUUGCAAUACCGCAGAGAAGCGUCAGCAAUAUAUUGACGAGUAUUUUGACAAGGAAGGAAUCAGGCUUGAACCUGAUAAAAUAGAAAAGAAUCCUGGAUUACGUGCACUUGCAAAAUUGAUGUUAAAUUCAUUUUGGGGUAAGUUCAAGAAUCGUAUAUACAAGCAGUUCGUAUGCGAGGGAGCUAUAACUGUCCAUUUUUAUGUAAUAUGAUAAAAUAUUUAAUCCCUUAAUUCCUUCAUAGGUAAGUUUGCGCAGAAACCUAACAUGGCAAGAGUGAAGCUCAUCUCUGAUCUAAGUGAGUAUUUUGACAUGCUAACAUCGGAUGAAAUCGCAGAGGCGUAG